ACCGUUUUCCACUGUAGAGUCCAUUCUCUGCAGACUCCGAUCAUGCGCCUGACUCUGUCCCUCAUCCUGCUGCUGCUGCUGGCUUUCAGUCCAGCUCAAAGUCGCUCCAUUAAGGCAGACAAAAUAUACGGUCCAGAAGAUAAUGGAUUCAACAGCAUUGGGGAUGCUAAUUUGACCGUCUCGGCUAUAAUCGAAAAAGCUAAUAGGAAUAUUGGACAGACACUGGAAGAUCCUACGAUCAGGUUUGGUGAUAUUCUUGUGGAUGAUGGAUUACAGAAUGCAGACCGCUGCACUUCUAGAAAGCCAAGUUGCAUGUGGCCCAUGAAUUCAGACGGCAACACCUACAUACCUUACAUCAUUUCCAACCAGUUCAGUCCCAAUGAAAAAGAUUUAAUCACUUCUGUACUAAAGACCUUUGAGAAGUCCACCUGCAUCCGCUUCAAACCCCGCGAUAGAGAGGAAGACUAUAUUGACGUUCAGAGUCUCGAAGGGUGCUACUCUUUUGUGGGUCGCACAGGGGGAAGGCAGACUCUAUCUCUAAAAAGCAGAGGCUGUCUCUACAAAAAAAUAAUACAGCACGAGUUCCUCCAUGCCCUGGGAUUUCACCAUGAGCAGUGCCGCAGCGACCGUGACAAGCACAUCAGAAUCCUCUAUGAAAACAUUGAUCCAGGAAAGGAACAUAACUUUGACAAAAAGGACACCAACAACUUGAACACUCCUUAUGACUAUGGCUCAGUUAUGCACUAUGGAAGGGAUGCUUUCUCCAGGAACGGUCAGCCAACCAUGGUUCCCAUCCCGAAUCAGAAUGUGGCUGUUGGACGGGCUGAAGAGAUGAGUGCCAACGACAUCUUGCGCAUCAAAAAGCUCUACUGUGAUUAAUUAGUCUCUUUAGGAAUAACAUGAAAUUUACUGAAAAUGAUCUCAAACCUAACAUGCUUUAAAAUGCUCUGCUUUGCCAUUUUUAUUUGGAAGAGUGUUAUAAAAAUAGCGUAGUUGCUUUUGCUUUAUUUCUUCUUUUGCUGUUAUACCCCCCCCCCCCCCCCCCUCACUCCAUGUUAUGCCUGUUUUAAAAUGAAAAAAAUAAAUAAAAUAAGAUUUAAACCAGGGAUUCUUGACACAAGGGACACAAUGGGGUUUUAAUUUCUAAAAAUAAAAUGUUGAUUUUUCCAAAAUAUAUUUGUAUAUUAUAGUUGUCCCAGGUGUUGGCCUUUUGAUGCUGUGAAAAUACAAUCUCCCAGGUUUAACAUUUUUAACAUUUUCUUCAUGUUUGGUGGACAAGCCCGGGAUUUUGUUAACACUGUAAGACACAAAGAAACGUAAAAAAUAUGUAUUUUGAAUAAACUUAUUGCAAUUA